AUGACAUACGAACAGAUCCCUGCUACUGAUAUCAAGCACAUCAUGUUCAUUGCACAGAAAUACACGCCAAUUGAAAAGGUCGGGGAGGGCUCGUUCAGUGUUGUGUACAAGGCAUUAGACACUGAGUCAGGCAGACAUGUUGCAAUCAAGGCAAUAACAAAGACAAGCUCUCCAGCACGUAUUCUUGAGGAGUUGACGUUCUUGAAGACACUCGGUGGAAAGAAAAACUGCAUGGGAUUGCUAGGAUGCUUCAGACAGGAAGAUCAGGUUGUUGCUGUGUCACCAUACUUCGAGUCGAUCGAUUUCAGAGAGUUCAUCUCAAGUGCAAGCAUAAUGGACAUCAAGAAGUACAUGUACAAUCUAUUGAUAGCAAUAGAACAUGUACACAGCAACAACAUUAUACACAGGGACCUGAAGCCUAGCAACUUUCUUUACAACAAGGAUAUUGGAAAGGGAAUGUUGAUAGAUUUUGGACUUGCACAGCAUGAGGAGCAGAAAAGCAGAAGUCGAAAUGAGGAGCCAAAAAAGACACAGACUCCACAGUUGUUUUUCCAUACUGUGGUUUCUAAGACAAGACCACCUGGAUGCUAUGAAGGAGACAGUAGACCACAGAUGAAGGCAGCAAGAGCUGGUACACGCGGGUUUCGUGCACCUGAGGUACUAUUCAGAUAUGGACAACAGACAAGGGCAAUUGAUAUGUGGUCUGCAGGAGUAGUGUUUCUGACAAUGUUGAGCGGGCAAUAUCCUUUUUUCUACUCAAGCGAUGACAUUGAUUCUAUAGUAGAGCUUGCAACAAUAUAUGGGCAUGGAGAGAUGAGGAAGGCAGCAAAGUUCUAUGGAAGAGCAUGGAGAUCGAAUGUGGAGACCAUACCUGAGGAGAGGGUACGAUUUGAGACAAUAAUUGAGUGUUUGAAUCCAUGGCCCGAGGUUGGGAGUGAUGGAUACGAUCUUCUGUACAAGAUGCUUGAUUUGUAUUCAAUAACAAGGAUCAGUGCGUCUGAUGCAUUGAAACAUCCGUUCUUCAAUGGAAUGUGA